UUUGAAAAAGUACCCGAAUCCUUUCAGCAUACGCCAGGAUCCUUUACUGAUGUAUAAAUUUGACCUCGUGUUCAUUUUGAGUGGAGAUCGCAGUCACAUUCUUUGAAGAUAUAUAUAACUACAUUACAUUCAAUACAUGCGUAGGUACAGGAAAGGAACACAUUAUGCCGCUGUAUGCAGACUACCGAAAUUGCACACAAACAUCACCCCGGAGCAAUCAAAACAAUUCCCUUGAUAGGUUAAGACAAGUGGAACAAAAAGGUACCCGUAGAAAAUACUGAAAUCAAAUGCAAUUGUCACAUUUUACGACUCGAACUGGUUCAUUUGCAAUCUUUGAGUGAAACGAAUGUGUAUUAUAUUCUUUAUAGUGAGAUAGUACGCUCUCUGGUUAGUAAACUGCUUAACAAUGGCUUACACUUCAAAGCAGUCGUUGGGCGUCAUAGUUCUUCUUGUUUUUAUCAUCUUUUACAAACCUGUUCUUGCAAAAAAGAACAAGAUACUCAUAGCUCAAAUGGCAGGAUUUUCUAGUCACGCGUUAUUCAGUUUGGAACUGGCCAAGACAUUAUCUGCACGGGGGAAUGAGGUUUGGGUUGUCGACAGUGAAGAAACCUAUAAUUGGCGUAUCAAAGGUCAAAACCUCUCAGAGAUCCAGUUUGUGCUCUUUCAAAGUACAAUUCCUUACUUAGAAGUAAAACAAAUUAUCAGUCGCUAUGUUGCAACACAGCUUGGUAGCAGUUCUGCCAACUCAGUUUUACAGUACCAAGUGGAAUCAGAAGACACGGAACUGAACAGAAGAUUGCCCGAUGGUAGGACACGAGAUAUCUUCCAUUUAGCAAGCUACGACCUCGACGAUAUGAUCAGCAACCCAGAGGUCAUAACGAAGCUCAAAGCAGUUGGAUUCGACAUGAUUGUUGGAGAUACGGUACCUCUUUAUCAAGUAUUCCUCAGUCAGGUAUUAAACGUGCCUUACAUCCAAUUCGGACUGACACCGAUAGCACCUUCCCAACACGAUCGCUUUGCCUACAGCCCUAGUAACGCUGCCUAUGUUCCAGAACGCAUGAGCUUCCUCACCGAUACCAUGACCUUUAAAGAGAGAGUUAAAAACACUUUACUUUACUGGAUCACAAGCUUCUUUUAUGAAAAAUACUGUCUGGGUCCAAUGGAUGAUAUACUCCAAAAACAUAACAUUAGGCCUGAUGCUAACUUUGGUCAACUCAUGUCAGAAGCUCAAAUGUGGAUCUUUAACUCAGAUUUUGUGGUGGAUUUCCCCCGACCUUUAAGUCCACAUGUUAAAUUUGUUGGAGGAGUGUUGUCUGGUCCUGCCAGUCCGCUUGAUGAGGAGUGGCAGGCCUUUGUUGAUAGCUCCGGGGAACACGGUGUUGUUCUCCUAGCCCUGGGUACGUUAGUAUCCGAGGGGUUGACAGACGAACAGUCUACAACAAUUGCUGCAAGUCUAUCUUUACUGCCACAGAAAGUUGUCUGGGGCUACAGCGGUAAAAUACCCACGAAUGUUGGUAACAACACCAAGAUUGUCCGGUGGAUACCUCAAAAUGAUCUACUUGGUAGCCCUAAAGUCAGAGCUUUUAUUUCCCACGGUGGCCUGAGUAGCAUUCACCAGUGUAUCUAUCAUGCCGUACCAAUGGUGGGAAUCCCAGUCUUUGGUGACCAGAAGGAUAACUUCAUCCGACUAGAUGCGAAGGGAAUGUCACUUCACUUGGAUCUACGUACAAUGACUGAUCGCACGCUAUAUGAUGCAAUCAAUCAAGUCAUCUAUAAUCGAACGUUCAAAGAGAACGCUGAGCGUCUGUCUGAGAUAGCAAGAGACCGCCCAACAAGUCUAUCACCAGCUGAAGAAACUGCCUAUUGGAUAGAGUACGCCAUUAAACACGGCACCGAGCAUCUGAAGCCCUAUGCUCUGCAGUUAUCCUUCAUACAGUACUACCUGCUAGAUGUGAUUGCUUUUCAUGUUGUCAUUGUGAUAGUAAUUUGCUGGUUGGUCCGUAGGAAGUGCUCGGCUUCACGCCGUCUCGUUAAAUAAAGGUUGCGGCCACGGCAAACGUAUUAACCAUUCUCUUUUAAAUCUAACGACUGGAAUGUAUUCUAGUGUACGGAUCUGGGGUUAAAUACCUGCAGAUUAUUACUAGUUUUAUGGAUGGAAAUUUGCAUUGGGGAUAUAAAGUAUUAGUUUUGAUUUGAUCCAUAUACACCGAUGUGUGUUAGCACUAAAUAUUCAGCACUUUCCCGAGCUCUGUGGAAAAAAGACAGGCAUAUUACUCGGUGGGGGUUCGAGCCCACGAACUUUGAAAAUCUAGAGCAGUGUCAUACCAACUAGACCGGGAGUUCCUAGCUUCAAUGAUUUAAGUGAAUUUCAGACUAAAAUGAAAAUACCGCUUAAAUUUCUUCAACAAUCAAUUUCCACUAUUUAAUCUUAAUUUUUAUUUAAAACACGUAAAAUAAGAAGUAUAAAGGAGGUGAACUAUAUUAAGUUGUUUGUUAUAUUUUACAUAUUUAUAGUUUGGGUAUUAGGUAUUUUUCUUUUCUAUAUUCAAGAUGGGUGUUUCCACUGUUUGUAUUUUUUGUAGCUGCAGCUGAUUCAAGGUAAACAUUUUCAGAAACAAUUCCCUUUUGACGAAUGUCUUUUGUUAGAGAUAGGAAUUUAAACAAAUUUUGCAGCAUGCCAUGUAAUAUCUAAACUAAUGGGACUAAAUCAACCAAAGUGUGCCAAAAACCUAAAAGUUUAUUUAAAAUUAUUUAAGGCGAAAAUGUAUUUUCAGAGAUUAUUUUUUCUCCGGGGCGCCACCUCUCGGCAGGGGUAAGAGAAGCAAUAACUGAAUGGGCGCGAACCCCGACAUUGUGAGUUAUGUAAAUAGUGGAAAUGUUGUUCAAAAUGUUUUCACAUAUUUUUUCACUAAAAUGACUGACCGCAGAAUUCAUUUUUGUUUUUGCAUCAAUUUCAUGAAAAUUUGUAAUCUGUUUUCAGUAUUCUUCUUGUGACCCAGAUGACCGAUCGAUGUCAAACUUCUUCAGGUCUGUCAGUUUAACACUGCUAGCUCUUUUUUUUGUUGAGCAAAACGAAUUCUGUAACGUUCUUUCAACCUUUUAUUAUUGGUGUGCUAGCACCUUUUCUCUUAAUUUGGUGAUGAUAAUUAAUAUUCGCAGUAUGAUUUAGUUCCUUUAUUGACCUUUAGAAAUUAACAGUUAAAAAACUACUGUUACAAUGGGAGACUUUUGGGACGCUUGGUGGCAGCAGACUUACCAGGUAAAAUCCAUUGUUCUCGGUCAUGUG